AUGUCAACAAAGUUAGAUUCCGAAACGAAAUUCAAAGUGAAUACACUACAGGAAUUGUUCCCAGACUGGUCCAAUGAUGAUCUCGUUGAAUUAGUUCAUGAAUAUACCGACUUGGAAACUAUAAUUGAUAAAAUUACAUCCGGCGUUGUCACUCGAUGGGAUGAAGUUAAGAAACCAUCAAAGAAGGAUAAGAAACGAUCACAGGGACAGGAAUCAACGAGUUAUAAACAUAUCUACGAUAAUGAUACAGAUUUACCUAGAUAUCCAAAUAACCAACCGAAGUAUCGUCAAAAUUUUACUAAGAAACCUAUGCAUACUACAAAACAACAACAGCAGCAAUCAAUUGUUGGUAACGAAAAACCAAGACCAACCCCUGUCAAGACAAAGUCCGUUUCUCACACAACUUCUUGGGCUAAAGUUAUUGCCACUGAUAUGAAAAAGCAAAAAGAAGGUGAACAAGAACAACACAAAACUGUUGUUACAAAAACUGAUAUUACUGAUGAAAAGGAAGGUGAUAAAGAAAUAGAAAUAGGCACGACAACAACUAUAUCAAGUGACAAUCAGGAACCAACAAAGAAAAGUUGGGCAGCAGUGGCAACUCCAAAGGAACAUAUAGUUAAAAAAUCCUCUCUAGGUGACGUUGAGCAAUUGAAGAAAGAAAUAGAAAAUGUAGAAAAGGAAACAGUUCAAGAAGCUGAGCAUCUUGAAGAAUCUUCAUCAGAAGAAAGCUCUGAGGAAGAAGAGGAAGAAAAGGGAGAGGAAGAGAAGGUAGAAGAAGAAAAGGAAGAAGUGAAAGAAGAACCAGGAAAGUCACAAAGAGAAGAAGUGCAGCAAGUUGAAGAACCUGCAAGAAAACCUAAAAAAGAAAUCAGGAAACAACCAAUCAAAGCAAGAGAAGAAAAGGUAGCAUCUGUAUCUCAACAACAACAACAGCAGCAGCAGCAGACUGCUACCCCACAACAACAGCAAGCUCAAUAUGAUGCUGCUGCUCAAGCUCAAGCUGCUCAAGCUCAAGCUGCUCAGGCUCAGGCUGCUCAACAGCAAUACUACAUGUACCAAAAUCAAUUCCCUGGUUUUUCUUACCCUGGUAUGUUUGAUAACCAAACCUAUGGAUUCAAUCAGCAACAAUACCAACAAUACCCAAUGUAUCAACAAUACCAACAGGGUCAAACUGCUGGUGCCGGCAUUGCUAGUAACGCUCCAUCAACCCAAUACACUAACGUUCAACAAGCUUAUGGCCAACAACAACCAACUUCUACCCCAAGUACAGGCAAUGCAGAUUUAGCCAGCGCAGGUGCAUCUACGGCUUCUCCAACCAGUACUGCCAACUCCCAGGUAUAUGGACAACAACAACAGCAACAACCAAAGGCACAACCUUACGGUCAACAACCUUUCAUGCCUUACUAUGGACACUUUUAUCAGCAAUCAUUCCCAUAUGGUCAACUACAAUACGGAAUGACAAGUCAAUACGGUUAUCAAGUGCCAAAUCCAAAGGGUUCUGGCUCUAACUACUAUCAAGAACCACAACAGCAAGGUCAAUUAAGUGAAAAUGAUCAAAGAAAUUCCACUUCAUCUCAAAACAAUGAAGAAGAAAUUAAGCAAGAAGUCCAACAACCACAGCAACAAGAAACCAACAUGACUCCGCAACAGCUACAGUAUCAACAGUAUCAACAAUACUAUCAGUUGCAGCAACAACAGCUACAGCAGCAACAAAAACAACAGCAGCAACAGCAACAGCAACAGCAACAGCAACAGCAAUCGAAUCAACAACAACAGCAAGGUAAUGCACCAUAUGGUUAUUCUGGUUAUGAUUAUUCUUCUCAGUCAUCAAGAGGUUACUAUUAG